GGGACUAAUCACCUUUUGCAGAGGCACGGCAAGAAAAGUUGAUCCGAUCAGCUAAAAACAAUCUAAUCAGCUACCCUAUUUGGGCCAAGUAAUUUUCGAUUUCUGCCAUGUCGAUCCGCAUCCUCCUAAUCGGCAGCGGAGGCAGAGAGCAUGCGCUUGCAUGGAAGCUGUCUCAAUCUCCGCUCGUCGAAUCCAUCUUCGUCUCUCCUGGAAAUGGAGGAACUGGCCAGCUUCCCAAGACCUCCAACAUCUCCGUCCCACCGACCGAUUUCCCGGCACUGGUUUCGUUCGCCACACAAAAUGAGAUUACGCUCGUCGUCCCUGGUCCAGAACAGCCGCUGGUGGAUGGUGUGGAGACGUUCUUCCGAAAAGUCGGCAUCCCUGUAUUCGGCCCCAGUGCUUUGGCAGCUCGGAUGGAGGGCUCGAAAGCAUUCUCCAAAGAGUUCAUGGCGCGGCAUGCGAUUCCCACUGCAAAAUUCAAAACGUUCCCCCGAUCGGAAUACGCUGCAGCCGUCGACUACGUCAAGACAUGUGGGCACUCGGUGGUUCUGAAGGCCGAUGGACUAGCCGCCGGAAAAGGCGUCUUGAUACCGCAGACAGUCGAGGAAGCGAUUCAGGGUUUACGCGAAAUCAUGCUCGAUAGUGUUUUCGGAUCUGCGGGUGACGAGGUCGUCAUCGAGGAGCUGCUGGUUGGACCUGAGAUAUCUGUCCUUGCAUUCUCCGACGGGUACACAAUCGUCCCUCUUCCCGCUGCCCAGGAUCACAAACGCAUCGGCGAUGGCGACACUGGCCCGAACACCGGAGGGAUGGGGGUCUACUCGCCUGCGCCAGUGGCUACCCCUGCUAUCAUGGAUCAACUGAUGAAAGAGAGUCUGCGUCCGACGAUCGACGGCAUGAGGAAGGACGGCCUCCCGUUUGUGGGACUUCUGUUUACCGGCUUCAUGAUUACCGCGGAUGGACCCAAAGUGCUUGAAUACAACGUCCGAUUCGGCGAUCCCGAGACAGAGGCUUUGAUGCUACUCCUAGAUGACAAGACUGAUCUCGCUGCUGUGAUGCUUGCGUGUGCAGAACGGCGCCUGGAUGCUGUUCCCAUCUCUAUCCGUCCAGGGAUGUCGGUGUCUGUUAUCUUGGCGUCUCACGGAUACCCUGGCGCAUAUGCCAAAGGGAAGGUGAUCGACCUGAGCGCCGUUCCCGAUAAUGUUGCCGUGUUCCAUGCUGGCACAAUCGAAUCCGAGGGCAAGAUCUUGACUGCUGGCGGGCGAGUUCUUGCAGUCUGCGCCCAUGCAUCCACACUCCAAGACGCUCUGGAUGCUGCCUACGCUGCGAUCGACAAGAUCUCCUUCGACGGCAAGACAUACCGACGUGACAUCGGUCACAGGGCUCUCAAAGCCGGCGAACGCAGCCAGCUGACAUAUGCUCAGGCUGGCGUCUCGGUCGAGGCCGGCAACUCGCUGGUCGAAGCCAUCAAGCCCCAUGUGAAAGCUACCCGUCGUCCGGGAGCAGACGGCGAAAUCGGUGGCUUCGGCGGUGUUUUCGAUCUCAAAGCGACCAAGUAUGUCGACCCUGUGUUAGUCAGCGGAACGGAUGGUGUGGGCACCAAGCUCCGCAUUGCCAUAGAAGUCGGCAUCCACGAUCUCGUUGGCAUUGAUUUGGUCGCCAUGUCCGUCAACGACCUGUUGGUCCAAGGUGCCGAGCCGCUAUACUUUCUGGACUACUACGGAUGCAGCAAGCUUGAUGUUGGAGUGGCCUCUCAGGUCAUCAAGGGCAUAGCUGAUGGCUGCAUCCAAGCUGGCUGUGCGCUCGUCGGAGGUGAGACUGCCGAAAUGCCUGGCAUGUAUCAAGAAGAUGACUACGAUCUUGCUGGGUUUGCGGUCGGAGCGGUUGAACGUUCGGAUAUUCUCCCGAAAGCGGGCAUCGCACCGGAGGAUGUGUUGUUGGGCAUUGCUUCUUCGGGCCUGCAUUCGAACGGCUUCUCUUUGGUGCGCAAGGUCGUCGCCAUGGCUGGAUUAAGGUACGACUCCCCCUGUCCAUGGGACUCCAAUACGACACUUGGGCGCUCUCUUCUGGAGCCUACCCGUGUGUACAUCAAACAAAUCUUGCCUGUUGCCCAGGCUGGCCUCGUGAAGGGCAUGGCGCACAUCACCGGUGGAGGAUUCAUCGAGAAUGUGCCACGCGUGCUUCCCAAGGGCACCGGCUGCUUCAUUGACGCUGCGGCUUGGCCGCUGCCGCCGGUCUUUCGGUUCCUGAUGAAACAGGGCAAUGUCGCGCCGCUGGAAAUGGCAAGAACGUUCAACAACGGUCUGGGCAUGGUCUGCAUCGUCAGCGCCAAGGACACCGAGGCUGCGAUGACUGCGUUACGCAAAAACGGGGACGCAAAAGUGUACAAAAUCGGCGAGAUCGUGGACACACCCGGUGUGGAGAUGCGGAAUCUUGAGCGGUGGCUGUAA